AUGGACGGUAGACUACCGCCAGUCAAAAACACAAAGAAACAUGUGUACGUCAAGGUGGUUUUCCUGAAGGUAGGCGAGAUAGACACAAUUAAGGAGAACUUUGUGGCGGAUGUUUUCAUACAGGCAAGAUGGCGGGAAAUACAACUGGACAACAGGACGGUGUCGGAUAAAGACCUCUCCGAGUUCUGGAGUCCACGUCUCCUGGUACACAAUGUCUUAGACUCCACUAAAGACCGCACGUGGAAAGAACUGGUCCAUGAUAAGGAAGGGUUAGCUUACGUCGUGGAGAAACGACGUAUCAAGGGUCAUUUCUCCGAGAAACUAGAACUCAUGGAUUUCCCGUUUGAUUACCAGAGUUUGAGCCUCCAAAUCACCUCAGAGUUACCAGAGAGCAAGGUGACGAUCAAGGAAGACGACAAGGAAAUUAGCGCCAUCAAUGUCACGUGUUUUGUGGACGAACAAGAGUGGUUACUUUAUGACUACGUAGAGGCUGUCCAAGAGGUGUCGACAAGAGAGUUUUCUACCAAGAAGCACAUCCAGUUCCCUUGGCUCGUGGUAGGUUGUUGUGCUGUAAGGCGGGCCGGUUUCUUCGUCUGGAAUGUCAUUCUCAUCAUGACCUUAAUCAGCUCUAUGUCCUUGGCGACGUUUGCUGUGGAUCGAUCGCUGCCCCAGAAUCGCCUCCAACUGUCCAUCACCCUUAUGUUGACCAGUGUGACGUUCAAGUCGGUAGCGAGUGCCAACAUUCCUAAGAUUUCCUACUACACACACCUGGACAGAUACGUGUUGUUCGGGCUAUUAUUUACCUACAUUGUAUGUAUAUGGCACGCGGUCAUCUCGAGAUUUACUUAUAACGCCACACUUGGAGCCGUGAUGGAUUUCUGGGCGUUCAUGUCUUUCCUGAUCAUAUUCCUACUGUUCCACAUCUUUUACGGAGUCAUUCUUAUCGUACAGUAUUUGCUACGCCGUAAUGAGUUAAAAGCCAAGGAACUAAAAUAUGAGGAAAAGGCACUGAAACUACUAGGAAGCACGUGGAAAAGUGAUCGACAGGUUAACAAACGAUACAAGCGGAAACCCACCCGAAUGUCACGUGUUCGCGUGGCACAUGUACCGGAACCGGAACCCGACAUGACAUUUCUAAUGGUGGAUAAAGAUGACAUGUGA